GGCUCGACUUUCGAAUAGCGCCUUGACGACGGCAGUAUUUAAUCGAGCACUUCAGCUUGCACGUUUCUGGAGUUUGGCGGUCUUAAAACGGAGCGCAGCUGCUCGGCGAUGGAGUGGCGCGGGCUGUCGGCGGGAAGCUGUGAGACGGCGUUCGCCGAAGCGCGCCGAUGGCUGGAGGUAGUAACGGGAAAGACGUUUGGGAGCAGCAACUUCCGGUCAGCGCUGGAGAACGGAGUCUUGCUAUGCGACCUGAUCAACAAGCUGAAGCCUGGCAUCAUCAGGAGAGUGAACCGGCUGUCCACGCCCAUGGCGGGCUUGGACAACGUGAACGUCUUCCUCAGGGCUUGUGGGAAGCUCGGCCUGAACCACUCUCAGCUCUUCCAUCCCGGGGACCUGCAGGACAUCUCCAACCGUGUCACCGUCAGGUGUGAGGAGACCACCAGGAGGCUGAAAAACGUUCUGAUUACCAUAUACUGGCUGGGUAGGAAGGCUCAGGCUGACUCCGCCUACGACGGCCCACAGCUCAACUUCAAAGCUUUCGAAGGCCUGCUGGGCGUUGCCUUGUCCAAGGUCCUGGAGGAGUCGUCGUGCCCCAAGGCUGGUCCGAGGGACGGCAGCGAGGCGCGGGAUCGCCUGGCGGCCUACAGGAGGGAGGACUCCGCGGAAAGCCUGGACAGCCCGAGUGCAGACUCGGAUUCUAACCUGUUGGUGACCAGCGAAGGGUUCGGAAGCGACGCAGAGGCCGAACGCUGCUUUAGGAUGUCCGACGGCAGCCGGAGCGAAACCGGCCCCGCUCCUGCUGGAGACUGGGGUGAUGUCCCACCCUCCCUGAGAAGGAAACGGGCCGAGCGUCACGAAGCGGACUGCCGGGACCCUGUGCCUCCUCUCCCCAGAGCCCCCGUGAGCCAAUCACACCUGUGUGGGAGCAAGAGCGUGAGUGACAUCACCUCGGAGCCCGCGCGGCAGGAGUCCGACAGCAGACCGACCUUCGAGCCCUGGAGAGGUCACCGGGAUGCAGCCAAAGGAGCGCCGGCGGGGCCCCCAGCUGCAGAGCAGGUGCAGUCACGGCAGACUCCACACGACCCGACCAGGGCUAAGGACGGUGAGGCCAGGUGGCAAGAUGACUUGGACAGGUGGAAAAAUCGCAGGCGCUGUGUGACCUCUGACCUGCACAGGAAGAAGGAGGAGCGAGAGCAGCUCCAUCUCCUGGCUGGCAUGGGAGGGGCUGACUACAGGAGCACAGCCCUGCACGGAGGGGUAGAGGAGGAGAGCCAUCGGGAGGGUGUGCUUGCCAUACGCCAGCACCUUCAGGCCGGACCUCGGGGCUCCUCUGCUGCCCAGGGGCCCUCCGGCAGAGGCGUACCCCCCUCACGGCCUCUUGUACCGAGAGAAGACCCCCGGCCGGCCUUCGCGCCGUCUGAGGCUUCUGCUUUGACGUCGAGCGGCGGCAUGCCCAAGGCCGCGAGCUCGGCCGCACCUGGUUCCAUAAGCGCGACGCCGGCAGACCCGGCGUCCACCUCUGUCUCACCACGCGAAACUGGAGCUUCCUCUCUCGCUAGCGAUGCAACCGAAGGGGACCGUCCCGCUGACCAGGCCGACGGCUCUACAGCCGUGUUUUUCAGCCCGCCAGGGGACGUGGACCCGAUGGAGACGUCCCUCGCUGACUGGCAGCGUCCGGUCCCUGUCUCGCGUGCUAAGUCCAUGGAGGGCAGUCUUCCAGGGCGAGCGUACGCGUCCGACACUCUUCCCAAAGGCUUCCGGCGCUCGGAAGCUGGCUCACGCCUGUCCAUGGGGGUCACACCGAGACCAUUCAGAGCCAAGCCUUCCAAAGUGGCAUCUUUGCCCAGGCUCUACUCUACGGACGAGUCCCACGGGAGCCUCGCCAAAACCCAGCGAGAGCGACCCCGGCUCCCGGCCUCCUUCGGCAGCCAAGAGAAGGCCGAGACCCCCGACACGGAGGGCUGCGACGUCCAGACGAGGAAGAAAAUGGAGCCGACGGAUUCUGCUCCGACCAUUCACUCCUUCGUGGCCACUAGCGCGGUAGCCGCGGCUCCCGCGCCUGAGGCCUACCCACAAUCCUCCGCGUGGAGUGGCAGAGGGGAGGUGUGUUACAGUGACUUGCGUGUCAGUCUCAAUCAGAAGCCCGGCAGGGACUUUGGGCUUCAGACUGACUGGAACUCCACCGGCGUCUACAUCCGAUCUGUCCAGCCAGGCGGCCCGGCUCAGCUCUGCCACCUGCAGGCGGGCGAUGAGAUUGUGUGCGUGGGUGGGCGCAGCGCGGCCGAGAUGAGCUACGAGCAGUGGAAGGCAUGCAUGGAUGCGGCCUUACACGAGGGCAAGCUGCUGAUGGAUGUGCGUCGCCAUGGCCAGAACGGCUGGAACAGCGGACCCUCUUCCCUGCCGUUUAAAAGUGACAAGACCAUCGAUCUGACCAGCAUGGACUCCACAUCGGGAGGUGGCCCGGAGCGCCGCAUCAUGGACGCCGGCCACCCCGGCCUGCCCCUGGAGAAGGCGGGGGAUGCGCAAGUCAACAGCCAUCCUGCCAAAGGUUUACCGUUAAAAGCAAAGAAUGGAAGCAUCCGCGAUGGUCCAGCGAUGACGAGAAAUAAAGGUUCCUCUGGGUGCAUGGUGGACUCUUGGGUCUACCUUUGUGGAGGUUCAGAGUCUGCCAUAUCGGAUCUGCAGGUUCCCUCCAUCGGCACGACGGCUUCGCGCUGGUCAUGGGACGCCGAGGAGGAAAAGAGGAGACAGGAGAAGUGGCAGAUGGUGCAGGAGCGCCUCCUGCAGGAGAAGUACAGACGUGAUCAGGAGAGGCUAGAGGAAGAAUGGAGACGCGCUCAGGCAGCAGCGGCAGGGCCACAGUGCGGCAGCCCCGAGACGCAGCCAGAACAGAGAACCCCUCUGUCAAAUGGAAACGCCACGGCUUACGCCCCGCCCCCUUUCUUCUGCCAAUCGACUUCCUCCACUUUUGCUUUAUCCGGUCAGCAUGCUGGAGAGGCAGGGCCGGCACAGGGCGGACAGGUGACUAAACAACCAGCCUGUCGGACUAAGGAGGAGUGCGAUUCGUCCACCAAAACCAGCCAAUGGCCGUGUGAGUCCUAUGGGUUUGCCAAGCAUACAGCCUUGGACAGGAAGAAGUCCAGGUCUACCCCUUCGCUUGACAGCAGUCACAAGCAAGAUUCCAGAGCGGCCGGUAAGAAGAACGGGCGCGUGUCCCAGGCAGAGCAGGAGCGCCGGCAGAUCUUGGAGGAAAUGAGGAAGACGACGCCACUCCACACCGACAGCAGCUGGAUCCGCCAGCAGAGCACUGGCAGCGUCCACAAGGAGCCCAUCGCCGCGGCGCCCGUGAUGAGACACGAAUCUCUGGACAACCUCCCCACCAGCAGCAGUGGCCGCCCCAUGCCCCGGCAGUUCUCCACCCGCUGCAGCCUGGGCAGCACCGCCCCGUACCGGGGCUACUCCUCCCGCUGCAGCCUGGGGCCCGGCGCUGCCAUCUUCUCCACCUCUUUUAGGCAGAGGUCCACCUCCGCCUCCCCGUCUCAGCCAGUCGGGCCUGACGCUGAGGACACUCCCCCCGGCUCACAGCAGAGCAGCAGGCUGGUGAGCGGGAGACGUACGUGCUCACGCUGCAGUCGGCCCUUGGCUAAGGAAGCCGCUAUGGUCGUCGAGUCCCUGGACCUGUACUUUCACAUCGGGUGCUUUAAGUGCGUCAGCUGCAAACGUGACCUCGGCAGGGACUCUGAGGCCGGAGCUCAGGUGCGCGUGCGACGCAGACAGCUCUUCUGCGAUGCCUGCUACGGCAGACUCCGAGUGCGUCCCAGUCUCCCCGUGUGAGCAGGACGUCCAUCACGGAGACGACACCCUGGGAAGUGCUCCUGGCACGGCAGCCGUAAGCACAACCUGAUUUGUCAAGCAGUUGGUCAUCGUUAGGGUCAACUUUCCAAGGCCUUCAGUUACAUAUGAUCUAUUGUUCAUGUAGGUUAUCCGUUCCAGUUUAACUGAAGGUGGAAUAUGUUUGCUUUGUUUGUGUGGUUUUGUUUGUUUUUGUUUUUUUUAAAGUUCCAUUUGAGUAGAGUUUAAUCAUUCAGAUUUGUGAAUUAAUCCAGCGUCUCCCUGUGUAUGCAGUAAUCAGGCAAUGUCCUGUUAGUGGGUUGGUGUGGGAGGUGUUGGAUUGUGAUGGUGUUUUAUAAUUACUUAGACAUAUUUUCAGAACUUCAUUGCAUUACAGCUUAACAGGUACCUUUUUUGAUCUGGUUUUUUUUUUUUUCCCCCCCCCACCCCACUCUGAUUUAUAUAAAAAUCAUAUACGUAAUGUAUGCAGUCGAUAUUAAACACAAUUCAGGCACCUUGUUUUCUUGAUCUUAAAAUUCACAAGGUUUAAUUUUGGGAGCAAUUUUGUGUGGUUCCUGUUUUUGGGGAGAUAUAUCGGUGUAUCUUUAAUUGCCUAAUUUGUAAAUAAAAAGUUAUCUAAAGCAUUUUGUUUUUAA